AUGGAUUAUCCAAUCGGAUAUUAUUCCUACCAAAACCCAAACAACUAUAUCUACCAGGCCGUGCCAACAUCUGCAUUGGACCUCGAUGUCAAUCCACCCAGCCCAAUGGACCACAAUGCCAAUGCACUCUUUUUCCAACAACAACAACAACAUCACCAUCAUCAACAACAACAACAACUCCACCUUCAACAACAACAUAAUAAUAAUAAAUUGGCAAUUUAUCCAGCACAACCAACUUCGCCACCAACUCAACAUUCUAUGCAACAACAUUUUCCCAUCCAACAACAGUUGGCUUAUCAUCAACAAAUUCAAAGCAACAGAAAGAGACAAUUGGAGUCGCCAACCAUGAAUGGCGGGUCGUCGACAUCGUCGUCGCCAUACCUACAAACCAUAUAUUCACCCAUCCAAUACUCGCAAAAGCCACCCUCUGCCACGGCAGCCAACAAUGGUUUCCAACAGGCACCACUCUCCCCACAACCUUUACACGUCUCUCCCAACAGCCUCUCGUUUAUAGGAGUGCCAUCACAAAACUACCAGCCACCUUCUCCCCCAUCCGACCACAUGCUCGAUGAAGAUAUUGAAGACCAACUACGUGAGUAUUUGGCCCCCCUUUUUGUAAAGCACCUCGACCAAACCGCGCGAGACCACCUCGCCAAUCUUUUGGCCGAUUUCUUCAACGAAGAAAUGACACUCUCGGUCCUCUUUAACGAGCUCCGAGGUAUUGCCCUUGACGACCGUCCUCUUUUGCAGUACCUCAUCGAGAUCUUUAUCGUUGUCGACACCACCAACAAGAUGUACCCCUACCUAACAGAGAAUGGCGUCAACGAGCAAGAACUCAACAUUGACACUAAAAACAUCUCCAUGUUGUUUGACCCAGAAGGUGGAUUCUUUAAGAAGCGUGAUCGUUCUCGCAAGAGUGUUAGUCGCGGUCUCCGUAACCCUCCCAACAAGUGGACCAAAGAAGAGUCACAACGUCUCAUCCAGCUGGUACACGAAAGCGGCGACAAGCAGUGGAAAAAGAUUGCCCUCCAAAUAGGAGGUGGCAAGACUGGUGCCCAAUGCGCUCAACACUGGAAACGUGUCCUCUGUCCAGCCAUCCGCAAGGGAUCUUGGGAUGAAGAAGAAGAGGCAAAGCUCUUUGUAUUGGUCGAGAAACAUGGACAAAGUUGGAAAAAUGUUGCCCUAGAAAUUAGAACAAGAACCGAUAUUCAAUGUAGAUAUCAGUACUUUAAAUCAUGCAUGUCUCGUGAAGUACCAUGGUCUCCCAAAGAAGAUGAAUUGCUCCAAAAGAAAGUGAUAGAAUGCAAACAAGAAGGAAGAGAAAUCUCAUGGAUGGAUAUCUCAAAAUCAAUGGCUCGUGCUCGUCAAACUAAAAUCCCUCGUACUGCUCUAGAAUGUAAAUCUAGAUGGGAUUCAAUUGCUCUUUGUUCAAUUGUUGAAUAA